AGCAAAAGUAACUUUAACUCAUACACAUUUAUACAUUUACAUGACUUUUGGAGUAAUAAGUUUUGACUUAAUCAAGGAAGAUCAUGAAUAGAUUUCAUAGAACAAUUUAAACUUAUUCCAUGUGGAUUUUUAAAACCUUAUAAUUAAAUACACAGAAUAUGGCUGAUAAAAAGAAGAACCCCUCAGUAACCCCCAUGGAACUUAUGGAACUUACAGAGCUACAGAAUAAGUGUGCCCGUAGGCCGCUGAGUAAAAAAGUAGUGGACAACAUCCCCUGCUGCCAGCGAUACCACAACAAGUUUGGAUUCAAGGUUUUUGUAUUUUUACUGGUUGUUAGCCUGGAUGCCGCCGACCUUUUCAGUGAUUGGCUGCUGUGUCGAGACGUUUGGUUGACUAAGGAAGGCCUUGUUCAAGGCCCACCGCAGGACUUCAUCAAAUAUCUGCUGCUGGCAUUCUCCAUUGUUGGAACUUUCACGUGUUUAUUCGAGAUCGUCAACCUUUGGUGGGAGUUAUUCCGCAGAAGUCCAUGUCAAGACGUCGAACUUCUUUCUGCAAUUAUCGUCUGGGUAGAGGAUGUUCCACAGAUUGCCAUACACGUCGCCAUAGUAGCAUGUAGAGAAGAAGCCAUCAGCUUUUUCCAGCUUGUGAAAGCUUCACUGAUCAUUGCAGGAGCAGUCAUACGCAUAAUUGUCUCCCUUGUGCGAUACUGCAGCAAAUCUGCUCGCAAGGAUUUGGAAUGUGCCAAGGUGAACAAGGAAUCUAGAAACCUCAUUUUUUACCGUUUCUUUAUAAUGCUGGGACUGAUUGUAACACUGGGAGGAGCCAUAACAAUCUUUCUUUUUACACAGUCAGAGAGGAAUCAAGAUGGAAGCCUUAACUUCAAAGUCCCACACAGAAUUGUUGAAGGGGAAUUCGAUGAUCAAAAGUACUUCACCAAUGUAAGCAUUUAUUUCAGCCACAGAAAUUUUGAUUAUGAAACAAACCCUUCUGCUGACAGCAAACAUUUCUUGCGCUUGAUAAAACUCAAUGAUGUGAAAAACUCAAAGUCUGACAAAACUGUUCAUAUAGAAUAUGAUGGAAACCACACACAAUAUCAAAUUCAAGUUGAUGGACAUAAAGAAUGCUACACAAUCAAUAAGAGAACCCAACAAUUUACCAUGGAAACCACAUGUUCAAACCUCACAAAUCCUGAACAAUUUGCAUUCACUUUUCACUUUGUCAAACCAUCGGUUCCCAGUUUAAUCUUUGGUGACAUCACAUACGCUUUGAAGACUGGAACCAGCUCCAACUGUGAAACACCAACAUUUAAAGUUGAAAACAGCCUAGCCAACCAUAUGAAUGACCCUAACAGUGUCCUGCUGAGAUACUAUCGAACAAAACCAGGAGUUACAGAAGACAACCACAUACAUAAGACGUCAACUACUCACAAAUUUUAUCAUGCAAGUGAUUUGAUAGACAUUUCUGAUGUGUGGAAGACUGGUGUUGCCUCCUGCAAGAGAAGUGGCAGUCUAGCCCCACACAAGGGGGACAACAUGGAUGUUCAGUGUCUGUGAGGUGAUCUGCAGUUGCUGCCCUUUGUUAUGACUGUGUUCACAAGGGGAAAAAACUUGGAAAGUCAGUGUCUGUAAGAUCUGCAGUUACUGCCCAUUUGUUGUUACUGUGUUUACAAGGGGCACAACUUGGAUGUUUAGUGUCUGUAGAAUCUGCAGUUGCUGCCCUUUUUUGUUACUUGUGCACACAAGGGAGACAACUUGGAUGUACACUGUCUGUGAGGAGAUCUGCAGUUGUGGCCCUUUGUUGUAACAUUCCAAUGCUUGAUGAUAGACUUAACCCAUUUAUGCCUAGUGGACUCUCCUAUCCUUCUAAAUUGGAUCAAUUUAUUCCCAAAAUUAGGGAUGUCUAGUAUUAUUAUCCACCGUCAGAGGCGGAGGGAUAUUGUUUUGGUGUUGUCCGUCCGUCCGUCCGUCCGGAACGCUUGUGUCCGGAGCCAUAUCUUGGAAGUGCUUUGGCGGAUUUCAUUGAAACUUGGUAUGAGUAUAUAUAUGGAUAAGACGAUGAUGCACGCCAAAUGGCAUUGUACAACAUCCGUUAAUAACGGAGUUAUAGCCCUUUGUAUCUUGAAAAAAUGCUUUUUACUAUAGGCACUUUUGAGUCCGGAGCCAUAUCUUGGAAGUGCUUUGGCGGAUUUCAUUGAAACUUGGUAUGAGUAUGUAUAUGGAUAAGACGAUGAUGCAAGCCAAAUGGCAUUGUACAACAUCUGUUAAUAACAGAGUUGUAGCCCUUUGUAUCUUGAAAAAAUGCUUUUUACUAUAGGCACUUUUGAGUCCGGAGCCAUAUCUUGGAAGUGCUUUAGCGGAUUUCAUUGAAACUUGGUAUGAGUAUAUAUAUGGAUAAGACGAUGAUGCACACCAAAUGGCAUUGUACACCAUCUGUUAAUAAUGGAGUUAUGGCCCUUUGUAUCUUGAAAAAAUGCUUUUUACUAUAGGCACUUUUGAGUCCGGAGCCAUAUCUUGGAAGUGCUUUAGCGGAUUUCAUUGAAACUUGGUAUGAGUAUAUAUAUGGAUAAGACGAUGAUGCACACCAAAUGGCAUUGUACAACAUCUGUUAAUAAUGGAGUUAUAGCCCUUUGUAUCUUGAAAAAAUGCUUUUUACUAUAGGCACUUUUGUGUCCGGAGCCAUAUCUUGAAAAUGCUGCUUUGGCGGAUUUCAUUGAAACUUGGUAUGACUAUAUAUAUGGAUAAGACGAUGAUGCACGCCAAAUGGCAUUGUACAACAUCUGUUAAUAACAGAGUAAUGGCCCUUUGUUUUGUAGUAUGUUCAUCCGUCCGAUUUGCACCCAUCCUUAAACAAAAGAUACGUUGCGGGGGAUAUCAAUUCUACGAAUUUGCUUGUUAUUUCUAUAUUUAGAAUAUUUCUUACAGAAAUUCAUUUAAGCAAACAGCACAAACCCUGAUGAGACGCCGCAUCAUGUGGCGUCUCAUCUGGGUCUACGCUGUUUGCCAAGGCCUUUUUUCUAGACGCUAGGCAUAAAUGGGUUAAAUAUAAUCAAAUGAGCAUGGUAUAUCAUAACUUAUAUAAUGGUGUGGCUUAUGACUAAACUUAAUCUUAUUUGCAUGUCAUCUCAAUGAAAUAGUAAUCUUUAAAAUUGAUAGUGGGAACAAUUGAUUUUAGACCUUCUGCAUGUUCUUUAAUCUGACUUUGUGAAAUCUGUAGAAAGAUAUUGACUUUUCAAGUUAACCAUUUUCAUAUUCUGCUAUGUACAACCUGAAAAUAUGACUUAAUUAUGUCACUCAAUUAUGUUAUAUUUUGUUCUAAAUCAAAUUAUACAACUUCUUUGGUGAUUUUUAAUUCUUUAUAAAAUUACUUGAUGCGUUG